CAUCAAUACUGAAUCAAACACUAUGAUUAUAAAAAAAAAAAAAAAAAAAAAACUAUUCUUGGUUUUGGAUCCCACCUAAUGCAUUAGAUCUAACGCACUAUAAGGUCAAUAUCGUAAUUUCCAACCUCUCUUCACGUAAAUCUUCCUCCCAACUUGCCCUUUUCCCAUUUUCUCCCAACUUCCCCCACCAAAAAGCUCCCCGCCCAUUUUCCUCCGCCGUGCUCCGCCACGAUCACCGCUGUGAGAAUGACGAAAUUACCCUUCCUCCUCCUGCUUCUACUAUGUCUCUCCUCAUUCACCGCCGGAGAAAUAAAAAAACUCACAAUCAAAUCCGAUAACCGACCCAUGAUCCUCUUCGAACGGUUCGGGUUUACACAUACGGGUCAAGCAUCAAUCUCCGUCUCUUCCGUUUCCGUCAUCUCUUCAGUAAACUCAGCCGACCCGUCUCGUCUCGGAUUCUUCCUAUUAUCUGAAGAAUCCCUAAUUCAAGUACUAAUUGAACUUCAACAAAACCCUAAUUUCUGUGUACUUGAUUCCAAUUUCAUACAAAAGCUUUUUACGUUCCGUGAGCUUUCACCUCCACCUAAUUCGUCGUUUGAUAAAGCUUAUCCUGUUACUUCUCCGAAUGAGUAUUCGUUGUUCUUUGCGAAUUGUGCACCGGAAUCGAAGGUUUCGAUGGAUGUUCGUACUGAGCUUUAUAAUCUUGAUGGGCGUGUUAAGGAUUAUCUCUCUGCAGGUCUUACUCAGUUGCCAACGUUGUAUUUUUUGUUUUCCUUGGUUUAUUUUGGCUUCUUGGCCAUCUGGGUGUUAGUGUGUUUGAAGAAUAAGUCAUCUGUGCAUAGGAUUCAUGGACUUAUGGCACUUUUGGUUGUAAUGAAGGCGCUGAAUUUGCUUUUUGCUGCUGAGGAUAAACAUUAUGUUAAGGUUACUGGGACUGCACAUGGAUGGGAUGUACUGUUCUACAUUUUCCAGUCCAUGCGUGUGGUUUUGCUUUUCACUGUUAUUGUUCUGAUUGGCACUGGGUGGUCGUUCUUGAAGCCAUUUUUGCAAGACAGGGAAAAGAAGGUGUUGAUGAUUGUGAUUCCACUUCAGGUUUUGGCCAAUGUGGCUUCGGUUGUUAUCGGUGAAACAGGUCCUUUUAUUAGGGAUUGGGUGAGAUGGAAUCAGGUCUUUUUGAUCGUUGAUAUUGUGUGCUGUUGUGCUAUUAUUUUCCCCAUUGUGUGGUCGAUUAGGUCGUUGAGGGAGACUUCCAAGACCGAUGGGAAGGCAGCAAGGAAUUUGGCAAAGUUGACUCUUUUCAGGCAGUUUUAUAUUGUGGUGAUUGGAUACUUGUACUUCACAAGGAUUGUGGUUUUUGCAUUGAGGACAAUUUCUGCUUAUAAGUACCAAUGGGUGGCAUACUCUGCGGAGGAAAUAGUGAGCUUAGCGUUCUACAUUGUCAUGUUUUACAUGUUUAGGCCAGUUGAGAGGAAUGAGUACUUUGUUCUUGAUGACGAGGAAGAAGAGGCUGCAGCAUUGGCUCUUCGGGAUGAGGAGUUUGAGCUGUGAUUUUGAAAUCUGGUGGCUGGUCUCUUUCCACCAUUUUAUACAGUUCUCAGCCUAACAGUGUGACUUUUACUGGAAUGAUAGUAGGUUUGCUGGGAUGAAUUACAAUUCACUGUUUGUUAACUUUGGAAUAGAGACUUUUAUUUUUGUAUAAUGGAAUUCUGAUGUCAUGGAAUUGUUAUAUAACACUCAUUUUUCUUGUAAUAGUGGCUUAUCAUGAUUUCGUUUCAUCUA